AUGAAUUUAUCAAAUAAUAAUAAUGGUAAUCUAAGUUUUGACUCAGAUGUUGGUGGUCCAAUGCGUAAAAGUUGCAGCAAUGUUUCUUUGGCUAGCUCAGCAUAUACUGGAGGUUGGGUGGUUUUGGAUAUUCUUGGAAAGGAGUUCCGUGCAUCAAAGAUUUCAUUAGCUAGAGAUCCAACAUCGUAUUUGGCAAAAAUGGUUGAGGAAGACGUUGAUCCGGAUCAAUUAUUUACUGAUAGCGGCGGUUUAAUAUCUUUUAAUCCAGACUCAGGCAAUGGCCGUUGGCAAUUGGACGCUAAUCCAGAUUAUUUUGAAUAUAUUCUCAAAUAUUUGCGAAUUGGAAAAAUUAAUGGAGUCAAACCUGGUCAUUCUUGGGAAGAUUUGUUGGAUGAAGCAGAAGUUUUGAAGUUAAGUAAAUUGGCUGAUAUUUGUCGACAAAAGAUUCACGAAAAAAAUGUUUUGCAGCAACGAUCACUCUCAACGUCCACUUCACCUUCAAAUACUUCGCUUUAUGGAGGGAUUGGUGGUGGUUCCUCAGCUACAACUCCUUCAUCUUCUAUUCAUCAUUUUCAACCAUACGGGCCUCCUCCGCCAAUGUUUUGUCCUCCAGGAUUUUUUCCACAUCCACCACAAAUGGGACAGCCUCCGCCUUUAUAUUCUCAACCGCCUCCUGGUUUUGAACAAUUUACUAUUAAUAAUUCAAUUCCAUCGCCACCUAUUCAACAUCAACAGUUUUCUCAACAUCGAAUGAAUUCUUCAUUUGGAGGGCGUGCUGGUGGAAUAAUGGGCAUCCCACCCAAUUUUCAAGAAAAUAUUUUGCAACAGCCAACUAGCCAAGUAUCGUCAGCUUCUGCUUCAAUAAGUAAUAGUUCAAUUGGGACUUUAAUUGAUGAUAAUAAUUCAAAUAUUCAACAACAACAAACGAAUUUAAAUAGAGGAGGAAAUAAUUUGGGUGGAUUACCUCGUUUAGAUGAACUUCCGAUGGAUGAAGAACAACUUAGAGGACUUUCAGCUUUUGAGAUAAUUAAUGAAAAUAAUUUUGUUGAAGAAAAUAUUGACAAUGAAAAUGUUGUGGAGAAUGGUGGGAAUAUUUUUGAAGAGGAUUUGGGGAUGAUGAAUGAUUGUGAAGAAGAGAGGAAUGAAAAGACAACUAAUAAUGAUAUCGGACUUCCGAUAACUCCAGAGGUUCAAAAUGAUGUUACAAUUCCUCAUAUAAUAAAUCAAUCAACUACUAUUUGGGAUGAUUUGGAGCAAGAAGAAGAGGAAACUAAGGUUAAAUCUACUCCUUUGGUUACUACAAGCAAUACGAAUAAAAUCCCUGAGACUAUUGAUGUUGAACAACUUGAGAAUGAUGAAAAGAAGGAUAUUAAUAAUUUUAAUGAAUGCGGGAUUAGCUCUACUGUUUUUGUAAUUUUUUUAAAUUUAAUACAAACCCUCUGUUUUAUAUGUUUUUUGGGGGCGUAA